UCAUCCUCUUCUUCAUCCUCAUCUUCUUCUUCUUCUUCAUCCUCAUCCUCUUCUUCAUCAUCCUCAUCCUCUUCUUCUUCUUCAUCCUCUUCUUCUUCUGCAUCCUCUAUUCUUCUUCUUCUUCAUCAUCAUCCUCAUCCUCUUCUUCUUCAUCAUCCUCUUCUUCUUCUUCAUCCUCAUCCUCUUCUUCUUCUGCAUCCUCAUCCUCCUCAUCCUCUUCUUCUUCAUCAUCAUCAUCCUCAUCCUCUUCUUCAUCCUCAUCUUCAUCUUCUUCUUCUUCUUCAUCCUCAUCCUCUUCUUCUUCCUCAUCCUCUUCUUCUUCCUCAUCCUCUUCUUCUUCAUCCUCUUCUUCUUCCUCUUCUUCUUCUUCAUCCUCUUCUUCAUCGUCUUCCUCUUCUUCUUUUUCUUCUUUUUGUCUUCCUCUUGCAGGUCAUGCUCAUGCGCAGAUUUUUUAUCGGAAAAAAAUCGGCCGAUUUGCCCACUAAUUGCCGCGAAAAUCGGCCGAUCGGCAAAAUCGGCCGAAUUUUUUCCAACUUUCCCGAAAAAAAAAACGGCCAAAAUACCGAAAAACGGCCGACCAAAUCGCCCAUU